CGGUUUUAUAUGGAUAAUUUUUAGUUGUGCUUCCUCCAUGAUCCAGAUUGGUUGUAGACUAGUCGUGCUGGUGAUGGAACAUGAGUGCAACUUUGAAACCCGUCCCUUUCCUUCCUGAGGAGAUCAAACGACACGUGAAGGAUGAACAUCGAACAAUUUUUCUCAGUGAAGAAGCAUCAGGAAUUGCUCGAAGUCAAAUUGUUGCAGUGAAAGCACAGCAUGGCAGUCCGGAUACUCUAGCUCUCGUUCAAGUUGUGGAUAGUGGUGUUUUGCAGUCACUUGAGCAGCUCCAUGGAGAGUUCUUACGGAUGCCAUCCUUCGUCAGCACUGAGAAUCUCAACUCGUCCACUGCUUACAGCUCUCCAUGCUUGCUGAGUAAUGCCAGGGCACAUCCCGUAGCUUUCCCACGUGGACUAGCCACCGUUAUUAAUGCUGAUUGUCAGUUCUCAUCAGCUGAUGACGUACCCAGUGCAUCAGAGGUUCACAUUCAGUUUUGUGGCGGAGCUCAAGUGAAUGAUGGGACUGACGCAGCACUAAAAGCGUACUUUCACCGUCCUCGGUUCUUAUCGGUCGGCUGGGUUUUUGCUAUACCUGCAGUAGCUGAUAAUGAAAGUCUCUUUGGCAGUCAGCAUGUUCCACGUCGAUUGACGUACUUUCGAGUGGCAGCAAUCAGUCCUGUACCCGAGAGUGAUGUUCACCUGUACCAGGCCUCUGCUGCAGACACAGCUCUAGUACUGGAUGCUGGCCGAGCGAAUUUUCCCAUCCCGUCUCUCUUAGAAGCGUGCAGCUGCGAGACUGUCAAGCAUGUCGUGCCAGGUGGCUAUGGUGCAAACGCAUGGUGUCCAUGUGUACCGCCAGGUCUAGGCGUUCAAAUGGAAAUCCUUCAGAACGCAAUCAUGCCGGCGUUCUCCUCUGCAUGCCUGCCAAGGAACAUUCGGCCGCGGUGCCAUCUCUUGUUGACCGGUGACCCUGGCAGCGGGAAGAAGAGUCUGGUUCGAUCGUGCUGCCGCUGGCUGGGAGUGACCCUCUGUGAGGUGAGCUGUUAUGAUUUGCUGGCGGACACUGUUCAGGCGGGUGAGACCAAGUUGAAGAACGUCUUUGAGAAAGCUCGCAAGCGCUGCCCAUCUGUCCUUUACUUAUGCCAUGCGGAGGUGCUGGCACGUCGGAAGGAUUCCGCCGAGGAAGAGCUACGGCUGGGUGCAACCUUCCAGGCACAGCUAGACUCGCUGGCAACACUUAGUGAAAGUGUGGUGGUGAUCUGCUCUUGUACGAAAGCAAGCCGCCUGGCUACGUCUGUUGCGCAACAGUUACGCAUCACUAUCAGUAUACCGCCACUGUCAACCGAGGAGCGCGUUUCCGUCAUGAGGGACAUGAUUGGCAACAGUCGCAUUGAAGACGAGUCUCAACUCCAGCGUAUUGCCGAGAAAAUCCAGGGUGCAGUUCUGAGCGAUGUCUGUACGCUGGCCUCGCGCGCCUUGCAGUGCAGCCGUGCACGUUUGUUCAGCGGCUGCACACCAUUGGAUGACCCAACAUCAGCUUGUCUUCCCAACCAUCUACCACCAAUCACCGCGGAUGAUUGGCAUGCGGCGCUCAAGCAGUUCGAGCAGUCACGUUCGAAGGACCUCGGUGCACCAAAGGUGCCAGAAGUGCAUUGGGAAGAUGUGGGUGGUCUGAGUGAUGUACGCCAGGAGAUUCUAGAUACCAUUCAGUUACCUCUGGAGCAUCCGGAGUUGUUUGCUGGUGGUCUGAAGAGAUCAGGCAUUCUUCUGUAUGGACCCCCAGGAUGUGGCAAGACUCUCCUCGCCAAGGCUGUGGCAACAGAGUGUGCACUAAACUUCCUUAGCGUCAAAGGUCCAGAGCUUCUAAACAUGUAUGUAGGACAGAGCGAGGAGAAUGUGCGUGAAGUGUUUGCAAAAGCACGCUCCGCAGCACCGUGUGUGAUCUUCUUUGACGAGUUGGAUGCACUGGCCCCGAACCGAGGACGCAGCGGUGAUUCCGGCGGUGUGUCCGAUCGGAUUGUGUCUCAACUGCUCACUGAGCUGGAUGGCGUGGGUGGCGAGAACAACGUGUUUGUGAUCGGCGCAACCAAUCGUCCCGAUCUGAUAGAACCGGCGCUACUGCGACCAGGAAGGUUUGAUUGCCGCGUGUACGUCGGAGUCUACACGGAGCGCCGCUCACAGCUCUCCGUCCUGGCAGCCCUGACAAGAAAGUUCCAGCUGGCACAUGAUGUCGAUCUUCGUGCCAUUGUGGAGACAUUGCCCGCAUCUGUCAGCGGUGCUGAUAUCUCGUCUGUAUGCUCCGAUGCUAUGAUGUCCGCAGCCCAUCGUCUUAUCGGACUUAUCGAAGCUGAAGGGCAAUCCGGACAGAGCUCUGAGCGACUUGUCGUAUGUCAGGAGGAUUUCCUGCAUGCUUCGGGGCUGCUGAUCUCAUCUGUGUCGGCUGAAGAUGUGGCUCUUUAUGAGAUGAUGAAAGCUAGAAAUUAGUCCAGGCGCACACGAUGCUGAGCGUCCCCAGACAACAACUUCUGAAGUGUAACGACGUCUUCAUGUUCAAGUACAUAUUCAUAUUUACACAUAUCAUUGUUUUUAAGUUAACGUAGCAUAUAUAAAAUUUAAUUUGUAAUCACAGGGUAGGCUUCAUACUUCGAAUACAGUUCUGUCGGGUGCCGCUGAACGAAUAUGCUAGGAUGUUACCAGGUACAGGGUAUCCCUAUGUACAUGAUGGCUCUACUACAGUACAGAACUGCUCAAUGAAAUCCGAUCGCAUGAAUCAAGUCCCCCCCCUGCGCCCAGUGCACAUGGCAGUGUUCACAGGUCUAGGGUUGCACACUGGCUCGCUUGAUCGGAUUUCAUUGAGCAGCACUGAGUACAAUGUACUGUAGAGAUUUCUGCACGAACAAAUUAAUAAUGGACUCUGUUCAUGGGCACGCUUGGUGUCGAAACUAACAUUCCCCCCCUGCGCCCAGUGCACAUGGCAGUGUUCACAGGUCUAGGGUUGCACACUGGCUCGCUUGAUCGGAUUUCAUUGAGCAGCACUGAGUACAAUGUACUGUAGAGAUUUCUGCACGAACAAAUUAAUAAUGGACUCUGUUCAUGGGCACGCUUGGUGUCGAAACUAACAUUUCUAAUUGAUCAGUCCAAUCAUAUUGGCUUUCCUGAAUCCGCUGGAGACAUCAUUGGUGGCAAUUAUCGUACUCGCGCGAUUAGAGCCCUCUCUUGAAUAGUGCCCUAUCUCGAAUAGUGUCCUAGCCAGUGAAAAGUAAAGCAUUCUCUUGAAUAGUGCCCCCCCCCCCCCCCGGUCUUGUAACCAAGCCCAUGUGCAAGUUUGGUGUUCUUUUGCUAAUGUUCUUGGCCAUUUCUUGGCACGGGUGUUUUCAGGAACAAAAUCGCAGGUCUUGUUCCCGUUUCUGUGGAGUCGUGAGCGUUUACAGUACACUUUUGGCUCUGUUUUUCUUUGUUUUAUGCUGGAUGAUGCAAAUGUACCAGCAAUGAAAAAUAAUAG